ACUUCCCCGACUGAUAUGUACACAAUACACAUAUCCUCCCUUGGGUCACUUCAUCCGGAAGUUGGUCCGGUGCCCCCCCCCCGGCCCCGGGGUCGCGCAACCUCAGUAAAACCCAAAAAUUCUCCCCUGACUGGGUGGGAUCGAUUACGUGCUCAAAAAGACGGGCACAUGUUCCCUCUGAAGUUUAUUGAAGGGCACCAGUGACCAGAGAUAGUCACGCUAUUUUUUGCUGAUCACCGCGAGGUCAUAUUCGCAGAUGUACAUCAGCUCAGGCACUUGAACAUACCUACAUGCAACGCUAAAAACGCCAUCCCAUUCCUCUUGUCUGCCCAAACGGCUGUACAAACCUUAUAGCUCACGUUUGACGGCAAAAUACAGUUCGGCGACCUAUUUUAGGGCAAUUGUGACAACACAUGGCGAGACGCGGCACGCUGGAUCUGUUUUUGCAGCAGCGCUCCGACGUUCGGUUGGCGACGGGGGGUAUAAAAUGGUCCCGCCGAUCCACGGCACAUCAUCAUCGUCCGCUGGUCAGUCAUCGCUUCGUCGUCGCCAUGGUCGUCGCUCGCGUUUCGCUGUUGGCCGCUGUCAGCCUGAUGAUGGGGCUGCAGUUAGCGGCACCGUCCACUGCGGCUCCCGCCAGCGGACAGGAUUGUCCCACUGGGUGGGAGGGGCCGCACAGAGAUAUCUGCUACCGACUGAGUGAGGACGCUCGCAGCUGGACGGACGCCAAGGCCAACGGCUGUGAGGCGCUGAGCGGCGGCGCCUACCUGGCCUCCGUGACGUACGCCAACAAAGCGUUCCUGUCGAAGCAGGAGUCCAUCAUCGGCUCGGACUACUACUGGGUGGGCCUGCGCUCCGGGGACGCCGAGUGGAACAGCGGCACGGCGGCUGCCGAGCCGGUGGAUUACACCAACUGGGAGCUGGUGCGUCACCAGGAGCCCAGCGGCUCCAGAAUCACCAACGACGACUGUGUGAUGGUCACGACCGCCAGCGCGCCGGCCGAGUUCCAGCCGGCCGGCAGCUGGAUGGACUGGGACUGCAACUACCAGACCCCGGCCAUCUGCCAGGUCCAGCAGAACUCCGACGGCUCCUGCUCCGAUGGCUGGACAAGCGUUGGCUCCGACUGCUACGCCAUGACAGAGGCUUUGAGUUUCUCGGAGGCCGAGGUGGCGUGCCCCACUAAAAUGGCGGACGCCCGGCUGGCAGCAGUGUCCGACUACGACACGCUGUCUGCAGGUCUGGAUAUCGGCACGGCCGGAUACCUGUGGAUCGGCCUGCGCUCGACGCCUGCUGCUGACGGCGCCCUGCGCUGGCUAGCCAACGGCGAGGAGGUGAGCGACACCCCCUGGAAGUGCAUCAAGUACGACGAGCCUGACAGCGAGCAGAUGGGAUUCGAGGACGCCGACUGCGUGGUGGUAAACGGCCUGGAGGCAGACGACCUGUACCAGGCGGGAGCCUGGUCCGACUACUUCUGCACCGUGGAGUACAAGUACCUCUGCGCCCUCAAACUCUGAGCGCAUCACACGCCGCAAACAAUGGCCGUCGAGGAAAGGCGACAGUGUGUUGGAGCGCUUGUCUCGGGCACUGCUCUAGGUAGCUAUGUGGUUAAGCGUGGAGUUUGAUCACUUUGAGUGGUAUAGAGGGUUAUCUUCGUGAGCUCAGACCGACGAAAAAUAUGUAUACAUGUGCACA